UGUCUAUAGACUCGCUCCACUUUCACAGUCUCACUCUCAGCUCUCCGAUCAGCGGUCUGUCUGCGCGCCGCCGACACAGACAUGCGUCCGUGGUUCCCCAGCGCCUUUCGGGCUCUCGCUGCGCUGUCCGCGCUGUCCGCCGUCGACGGUUAUUUCUAUCAUUUCCAAGUCGAAUGCCGCUACAGCUCAGAGGACCUGAAGGACGUGGAGUAUAUCGAGAGACGUAUCUUUAACAAGCUGCAGGAUAUGAUGUAUAACAGCACUCUGAAUAAGUACUUUGGUUACUCUGAGAACGGAGUGUACAAUGCAGACAUAUGGAACAAAGACGAAUCAGCACUGGCAGGAGCGCAUUCCAACCUGGACGGAUACUGCAAGCCCAACGCUGAGCUGUACUUUAAGAACAUACUGUAUCAUACAGUUGAACCCACUGUCAAGGUCAAAACUGUAAAGGCCUCCAGUGAAAGGCACACCACAAAGCUGCAGUGCAGUGCGUAUGACUUCUACCCCGAAGGAAUCAAACUGAAAUGGCUGAGGAAUGGACAGGAGGUGAAGGAUGGUGUGACCGCCACUGAGGAGCUUUACGAUGGAGACUGGUACCACCAGAUCCACUCCUAUCUGGAGUUCACACCCCAGUCUGGAGAGACCAUAGAGUGUCAGGUGGAGCACAGCAGCCUCAAGCAGCCCAAGACCUAUAAAUGGGACCCAUCAGUGCCUGAAGGGACGAGAAACAAGGUGAUCAUUGGGACCUCUGGCUUGGUGCUGGGGCUCGUACUCUCCAUUGCUGGAUUUGUCUACUACAAGAAGAAGUCCACUGGGAGAAUUUUGGUACCUUCCAGUUAAGGUACAGAAGGGCUUGGAUUGUGGUGAUGUGUUUGAUUACUCAGGAUGAUUUAUGUUUUUGCCAUUAACAUUAUGUAUUUCCUAUGUCUUAUAUGCAUGAAUACAGUCUAAUGUAAAAUUCUAUGAUGCUAAAUGGCACAAGUUUAAUAUUUUUAUAUGUAACCAAUAUUACUAUAUUUCCAGACAAGGGCUAGGGUUCUCUACUGUAUAUGUGCCCUUUUUUAUAUAGGGUUUGAUGUUAUAACAGGUAAAUUUCAGUUUUGCAUUUUCAUUAAAAAUCCAUAUUUAUUGGUUGAUAUAGUACUGAUACAGAAUUUUAAGAAUGAAUUCCUGGGUGAUGUAUUCACCGCUUCUUGUGAGGAAUCAGUACAUUGUGAUCAGAUUUACUGUUAAACAGCAGGUCUCAGCUGGAACCCACCAGUCUACGCGAAAUCAUAAAACACUGUGAAACAUGAAAACCAGAAUUACAUUCAGAGUUAUCUUUAAAAAUCAUUUGAUAAGUAGUCUCAAAUUGGGUAAAAAUAGUUUUAAAUUAUAUAACCAGAUAACCUUCCAUUGAAUACGAUAUAAUCCCCUUUCUUUAAUGAAAAAUUGAUCACAUAAGGACAUAAUCCCUUUUUUGCCAACAAUAUUUGUAUAUGUUGCACCAGUUUAACAAUACUGUUUUGUUGUCUUUCGGUUCUGUAUAAAUCAAUUUAAUCAGUAAUAAAAUUAUCACUAUUUGACAUUUAA